CGGGAAAUCGCGUCAAGAAUUGAUUGAAAGAAGUCGCCAAAAAAAAAAAAGAGGGAAAGAGAAGCUAGCUACUAACUAAAAAUUGUCCCCAUUUUGAUUUCCUGUCCCAAUUCCAAUUACAGUUCGGAUUAAAUCGUCUCCAUUAUCUUUCCCCGGAUUAUUCGCCCAACGAGAUGCUUCUUGGACUUACGGGCUGACGACCAAACCGUGUUUUUGUAAUCCUUGUUUUCUAUCCGUUGGCUCUUUUUUUUCUGAAGUGAUACCCGUUAGGGCUAAUUAGUAGUUGACUACCUGUUCAACUGAUUCGUUGCCUCUGUUUACAGCAAGCAACAAACAAGCGGUAUACCCAUCAUUUCAAGGCACAAUAAUUACAAUAAUUACAAUAUUUCAACACGCACACGCACAUACGGAUACACGCGCGUACACAUACACAUCGAAAACACACAAAUAUUGUGCAACUCAAGGUUCAACGGCGACGGGUUAGACGGUAAAGCGGAAAUCGGGGAUCGGAGUGGACAGACAAGAAGAUACAGCCACCCACUACAUCACUACACCACCAACCAUGACAGACACCCUACACAACGCCCCCAUUGUAUUGGACAAUGGCUCGGGUACCAUUCGGGCUGGCUUUGCAGGUGAUGAUCUACCCAAGUGUUAUUUCCCCUCUUUUGUAGGCCGACCCAAGCAUUUGCGAGUGCUUGCCGGCGCGUUGGAAGGCGAGGUAUUCAUUGGCCAAAAGGCGGCAACAGAGCUCAGGGGACUUCUCAAGAUAAGAUAUCCCCUAGAACACGGUAUUGUCACGGACUGGGAUGAUAUGGAAAAGAUAUGGGAAUAUGUCUACAGCGAAGGAUUGAAAACCAUGAGCGAAGAACAUCCUGUCCUCCUUACUGAGCCUCCUCUAAACCCACGAGCGAACCGUGACACGGCCGCCCAGAUCCUCUUCGAAACUUUCAACGUCCCCGCCUUAUACACCUCCAUUCAAGCCGUCCUCUCUCUUUACGCUAGCGGCCGAACAACUGGUUGUGUAUUAGACUCUGGUGACGGCGUCUCCCAUGCGGUCCCGGUUUAUGAAGGGUUCACCAUUCCAUCUUCGAUGCGUCGCAUUGACGUUGCCGGCCGUGACGUCACUGAGUAUAUGCAGACUCUUCUGCGUAAGAGCGGCUACGUGUUCCAUACAAGCGCCGAGAAGGAAGUCGUGCGGCUGAUCAAGGAGUCUGUCUCAUACGUGGCACUAAAUCCCAAAGCGGAAGAGAAGGACUGGCACAGUGCCAAGCCAGAUUCAAACAAGACGGCUGAAUACAUACUCCCCGACGGCAACCGGCUUCGUGUGGGCCAGGAACGGUUCCGUGCGCCUGAGAUCCUGUUCGACCCCGAGAUUAUAGGACUAGAGUAUCCUGGCAUCCAACAGAUUGUCACAGACUCAAUAAACAGAACAGAUCUAGACCUUCGCAAGGCGCUUUACGCCAACAUUGUGCUUUCCGGCGGUAGCACCCUUACGAAAGGUUUCGGUGAUCGCCUGCUCAGUGAAGUCAAGAAGUUGGCCGUUAAGGAUAUGCGUAUCAAAAUCUUUGCUCCGCCAGAACGUAAAUACUCAACCUGGAUCGGAGGCAGUAUUCUCGCUGGUCUGAGCACGUUCAGAAAGAUGUGGGUUAGCAUUGACGACUGGCACGAGAAUCCGGAUAUCAUUCACAAGAAACUGACAUAACCUAUGCUGCUUACGUAUCUGACUGAAAGACUGAUGAUACUGAUGAGACAUCGGAGUUCAAGAAUAUAAGGGGAAAUAGGAGGGAGCAAUGAAUAACGAUAACUCGCCGUCUCCUGGACCAAAUUUUAAUACAUAUUACGUGCGAGACGUUCGCGUGGGAGAAAGCAUACGAUAUGCGCCGCCAGAAAAAUCCCAACGCGUGUUCACGUUCUAAUGACGGUAUCGCCUGUUGGGGAAGCUCAACUCUCCACUCAGACAAUACGAUAGAUGCGGAAGGGGAUAGGAGAAGUGGAAAGGGGAAAUGAGGAGGGAAGAAAGAGAAAGAAGAAGAGGAGAGUGGGGACGGAAAUGAAAUGCGAUAGAGAAGCCGGCCAGCUUGUGUGUCAGAUUAUUUGGCGGAAUACCUUAAGUCAUCUUAUGUAGAUGAGAAAGAUACCCAGGCGUUGAUGAUGAUGCUCGAUCCGACGAUGAUGCAGAUAUUAUGUGGCGGUGACGAUGUUAAAUUGCGACGUGGAAUGUGAAGUACAUGUAUGAAAUGCUGAUAGUGAAACCCUUGAGAAUAAUUGAUAAUACAGCUUGGCUUAUACAUACCUAGUAGGUAACAAUUCAUGUACAAAUAUUGACAGAGAAUAUUGAAUAUUACGAAUAUGUAAAUGGAUAUUUGGUUUCUUGAUGGGU